AUGGAAACUGAGGCAGAUCGGGGGUGGGGCGGUCACCUGGGGAUCGAGGAGGGAGAACUGCUGUUUCAUGACAAAACCGAAGUUGUUUGGGGUGGGGAAAUGAGGUCUGGGGUGGAUACCGGGAGUUGUCCCUUGGUCGUAAAGCCAGCCCCUCUGACCCGAGCUCAGCCUUGUCGGAAGCCCAGCCUCUCUAGCCCAAGGGAUCGGAGCCUGUCGUUCUGUAUGGUGGAGAGCGGAGCCGAGGCCCCAGGGUACCGAGAAGGGACUGAAAAGUGGAGUCGAGAGAUGUACUGCCUCCACAAAGUUUCGGUUACUCUCUAUUAA